AUGGUCGAGUGUCUCAGGGACGGCAAGUGGAAGGUCGCGUUCAUCGAAGCGCUGAACCGCGGGGACCUCACGGGUCGCAUUUGGAACACCAACCCAUUCCCGCCCAGCGACGACGAAGACAGCGACGACGAACCGGAGGAGGUGCCGGAGAAGGAGAACCUCGACGUCCUGGCGGACAAUCUGCAGCUCCGGUGGCCAGAACACAAGCGCAAGGCUCAGGAGCAGGCACGUGCCAGGCGAGCAGCGGCCGAGGCGGAGGAUGCGAAGCUCGCGGCGGGGAUCGACGCCGGCGACGAGGAGGAGGGCGGCGGGGACGCUGGCGAGAUGGACGACAGCGACGACGAGGACGUGAAAGUUGACGAGGGCGCGCUGGGCAAGGUGCGCCAGAGGGCGCCGUCGAAGCGGCAGGCGCAGCGCAGGUCGGGCGGGGCGGCCGCGCAGGAGGUGGACGAGGGCGAGAGCAGCGAGUCGGAGUCGAGCUCUGACUCGGAGUCCGACUCGGAGGACGACACCCCCCUGGGGGCGUUGCAGCAGCGCAAAGACGGCGAGGGCGAGCCGCAAGGGCCGCGCAAGGCGAACCGGGCGGUGCAGGCCGCGGAGAAGCUCGCGAAGGUACAGAAGGUCGUCAAGGCUCAGAAGAAGGCCCCGCAGGCGAAGCGGCCCGCGCCGGCGCCACCGCGCGUCGUCAAGGCCGCACCGGCGCCGACCAAGUCCCCCAAGAGUGGCACGGCGGCGACCGCGGAGAGCAUUCGCCAGAAGCUGUGCGCGAAGUUCGAGGAGGCGCUCGCCGUGGGUGUCGCGGAGGUGAACAAGGACGGCACGGAGGGGAAGAUCCCCGCGGGAGCCAUCACCGCCAAGCGCGCGGCGGAGGACAUCGAGAAGGCCCUGCGCGCCAAGCACGGCGAGGUCAACAACGCGUACCAGCAGCACUUCCGCUCCCUGCUCGGCGCGCUCAAGGACAAGGAGAACCGGAGGCUGCGGGCGCGCGUGCUCCUGGGGGAGGUCAGCGCAGAGAGGUUGUGCAAGAUGGAGACGGCGGAGCUGCUGUCGGAGGAGCAAGCGGAGGCCACGCGGGCGAAGCUCGCCGAGCUCGAGCGACAGCGGUACCUCGCAGGAGAUGACCUGCGCCGUCUGCUGCCGGGCGUUGCGGCGGGGCUGCGGGACGAGGAGCAGCGGCGCGGGGCGCGCAAAGGGGCGCGCGGCGAGGCGCCGGCGCACGGGGACGAGGCAGCUCCGGAGGCGGACGGGAUGGCCGACCCGCGCGGGUCCGGCGGCGAAGGGCCCCUGAGCCCGCGCGACUCGUGGAGGGGCGCGGACGGCCACGCGCCGGGUGACAGUGCGCGCGCGAGCAAGGGGGAGCACGAGGAGGCGAACACGCCGACGGCGAUGAAGGAGACGGUGUUCUCGGCGGGUAUCGACUGGGCGACGAUCGCGGCCGAGAGGAGCAAGGCGGGCGACGGCGCACAGCCGGUGGAGAUGACGGGCAACUCGCCGUCACCGGUGCGCGUGCAGACGCCCGACUACGACCCUGCGGCGGACCUGGACGACGAUGACGACAUUGGUCAGGACAAGCAGGAGGCGGAGGAGCAGCGUGGGCGUGCAGCGCAGGCGGCAGCGCCACCGCCACGGUCGGCGAAGCCCGCGGCGGCAAAGCGAGUCGAGAAGCCAGUGACGGACGGGCCUGACCUGACGAAGCUGUUCCUGGACGGGACGCACGCCGGGAGGACGCGCACCUGGACCGGCGAGGUCGCCUUCAAGCGAGUGAUGGAGGGUACGAACUUCACAGUCAGCGUCCGGGAGCUGUCGGGCAAGGGCCCCUUGUCAGGGAUGCUACACCCCCCCAACCGCCUCCUGACCUUCCAGACCGACCGCGUCCCACUGCCGAAGCUCGAGAAAUACCUCACCGACCUCCUGCACUCGCGCACGCGCACUGUGACAAUCGGGGCCGUGUCGGCGCGGGCCGCAACCGGCGUCUCCGACGAGGACGCGCCGCAGUUGCUGCACGAUGCAAUCACGGAGCUCGCAGACGGCGGGAAUUCGGCGUUCAACGAGCCCCGCCCCACCGUCGAGGCGUAUCUGAUUCCCCCGGGGCGCGUCGCGUCGCUGUUGCUCCGCAACGCCAAGGCCGCGGCCCGCACGAGCGAGGCCCUCCUGCCCGACAUCGACAUCCCGGAAGAUCUCCCCGCCAACGAAAUGCUGGCCGUCGUCGUGCACCGCAAGGACACGGAGCCCCCGCCGUCCUGGGCGGCCGCGGAGCGCGGCGGUGACGGCCCGGAAGGCGCGACCGCCAAGCCUGCUGGUGCGGCUGUCGUGGACCCGCGCGCGUCGCGGCGUCAGGACCCGCGCGCUGCCCAGCAUGCGGCGGCGCGGCCGGCGACGCCCCGCGGCGCCGAGCGCGCCGCCGCGGCGCCCGCAGCACGCGCCUGGGCCGCUGCCCUCGCCGACGCCGCCAGUCAACCUCGCUGGCUUGGACCUGCACAGCAUCCUCGCGGCGGCGAAGGGGACGGCGCGACCGGACGCAGGAGGACCUCCGCCGCCCGCACGGAACGGCGGCGGCCCCGUCGAUCCACGCGAGCGGCCGCCCGCCCGGCCCCGCUGGGACCCCCCUGCAUGGCAACCCCCCACCGGACCCCCCCCGGGAGCGUCGCCGACCCGGCCCUCAAUGGGCGCCCGCCCCGGUCCGGGCCCGGGGCCCGGGCCGCGUGGUCCGCCUGCGUCGGUCGGGAGGCUCGAUGA